AAUCCCUCACAUGCGAUGCAAUGUACAUUAUACAUCUCGGCGUUACGGCCGUCAGACCACCACAAUUCCACUCAACUCCUCUUUUUCUACUCUCCUUCCAGAACCUCAACAGCGGACCGCUCCCCUACCCGGAAGGCGUCCCUGGUCAAAAAGCUCAUUUUUUUAUACUAUCUCACUAUAUAAUUCACACCAACUCCCCUCCCUUCCCCAGAGCAUAUCGGCAAUAACCAGCUCAUCUUCUUCUUCCUCGAACGUCUUAUACUCACCAAAUGAAGAGAUUGGGCGGCUCCGAAGACGGAUACCACUCCGACAUGGUGGAGACGGAGAGUGUCGGCAGCGACCGAGUGGCCUAUAGCGGACCGUUGAGCGGUCCGCUUAACCGGAAGGGCGGAAAGAAGAGCGCGCGGUUCAACAUACCGGAGUCGACGAUAGCGGGGACUUCCGCGGCGGACGACGACGCGUAUGUGGAAAUCACGCUCGACGUGCGCGACGACUCGGUGGCAGUGCACAGCGUGAAGGCGGCGGCGGGGGGCGAGAUCGAAGACCCGGAGGUAACGCUGCUCGCGCGGACACUGGAGAAGAAAUCUUCCUCGCUGGGCUCGUCGGUCAUCCGGUCGGCUUCGUCGAGGUUCCGCCAGGUUUCGCAGGAGUUGAAGCGGCUCGCGUCGCUGACGAAGCGGACCGGGCCGGGGAGAAUCGACCGGUCUAAGUCAGCGGCAGCGCAUGCGCUCAAGGGGCUUAAGUUCAUUACGAAGACGGCUGGUGGGGCGGCUGGGUGGCCGGCCGUGGAGAAGAGGUUCGAUGAGCUUGCUGUGGAUGGAAAGCUGUCGCGGCCUCUGUUCGGACAGUGCAUAGGGAUGAAGGAUUCCAAGGAAUUUGCAGGGGAGCUAUUCGACGCUUUGGCUAGGAGAAGAAAUAUCGUCGGAGAUUCGAUUACAAAGGCUGAACUUUGGGAGUUUUGGGAACAGAUCUCCGAUCAGAGCUUUGACUCUCGGCUGCAAACCUUCUUUGACAUGGUGGACAAAAAUGCUGAUGGCAGGAUAACCGAAGAGGAAGUCAAAGAGAUCAUCACCCUAAGCGCAUCAGCCAACAAACUCUCAGUGAUCCAGGACCAGGCCGAAGAAUACGCCCGGAUGAUCAUGGAAGAACUAGAUCCUAGUAAUCUCGGAUACAUCGAGAUAUACAAUCUAGAAACCCUUCUAUUACAAGCACCAAACCAAUCGGUGCGUGUCGGAACAACCAACAGCCGGAAUCUAAGCCAGUUGCUCAGCCAGAAGCUAAAGCCGACGCUGGAACCCAAUCCCCUCCGCCGCUACUACCAGAGCGUCAAAUACUUCGUCCAAGACAACUGGAAGCGAAUAUGGGUGAUUUCCCUCUGGCUCACCAUCUGCGCCGCCCUCUUCGCCUGGAAAUUCGUCCAAUACCGCCGCCGCGCCGUCUACCACGUCAUGGGCUACUGCGUGUGCGCCGCCAAAGGCGCUGCAGAAACUCUCAAGUUCAACAUGGCGAUCAUCCUCCUCCCCGUUUGCCGCAACACCAUUACUUGGCUUCGCAACAAGACCAAGCUGGGCGGCGUCGUCCCCUUCGACGAUAAUCUCAAUUUCCACAAAGUGAUUGCGGUGGCCAUAGUUCUGGGCGUCGGGACGCACGCCAUUACGCAUCUGACCUGCGACUUUCCGCGGCUUCUGCACGCCAGCGACGAGGCGUACGUGCCGAUGAAGCCUUAUUUUGGAGACACGAGGCCGAACAACUACUGGUGGUUCGUCAAGGGGACGGAAGGGUGGACGGGGAUUGUGAUGGUUGUGCUCAUGGCGAUCGCCUUCACAUUGGCGACGCCGUGGUUCCGCCGCGGUCGGUUAAGCCUUCCCGGGCCGCUUAAGCGGCUGACCGGCUUCAACGCGUUCUGGUACUCGCAUCAUUUGUUCGUCGUCGUCUACAUCCUCCUUAUCAUACAUGGGAUCUUCCUCUACCUCAGCAAGGAUUGGUACCACAAGACGACAUGGAUGUACCUGGCGGUUCCAGUGAUUCUCUACGGGACAGAGAGGCUGAUCAGGCUGUUUCGAUCGAGCAUCAGAGCCGUUAAAAUUUUGAAGAUUGCGGUGUACCCGGGCAACGUGCUGGCGCUUCAUGUAUCGAAGCCUCAAGGUUUUAGGUACCGGAGCGGCCAGUAUAUUUUUGUCAACUGUGCUGCAGUCUCCCCCUUUGAAUGGCAUCCAUUUUCGAUCACUUCGGCGCCACAGGACGAUUAUGUUAGUGUUCAUAUUCGGACUCUGGGGGACUGGACCAGGCAGCUAAAGGUGGUAUUUUCCGAGGUGUGUCAAAGGCCAACUGAUGGCAAAAGUGGACUUCUUCGAGCUGAGUACGACGACAUGGACGACCGGAGCCCCAACCAAAGCUUACCGAAGGUGUUGAUAGAUGGACCAUACGGUGCGCCAGCGCAAGAUUACAAGAAAUACGACGUGGUUUUGCUGGUCGGACUGGGCAUCGGGGCCACGCCCUUCAUCAGCGUCGUGAAAGACAUCGUUAAUAAUAUGAAGAUGGUGGAAGCAGAGGGGGUCGCCGACGACAUCGAGGCCGGACAAAACGUCUCGUCUGGGCGGACCUUUAGGACCCGGCGAGCGUAUUUCUAUUGGGUGACUCGCGAGCAGGGGUCGUUCGAGUGGUUCAGGGGAGUGAUGAAUGAGGUGGCGGAGACGGACAAGAAAGGAGUGAUCGAGCUGCAUAACUACUGCACGAGCGUGUACGAGGAAGGCGACGCUCGCUCUGCGCUUAUCGCCAUGCUUCAGUCGCUCAAUCAUGCUAAAAAUGGCGUCGAUGUGGUCUCUGGGACUCGCGUGAAGUCCCAUUUCGCUCGCCCUAAUUGGCGCAAUGUGUUCAAGCGCAUCGCACUCAAUCACCGAGGGCAACGUAUUGGAGUAUUCUACUGCGGAGCUGCAACCCUUACGAAGGAGCUACGGCAACUGUCGCAGGAUUUUUCGCACAGGACGAACACGAAGUUCGAUUUCCACAAGGAGAACUUCUAAUCCUCACCGUCCAUUCUUCAUUUAUUACAUGAUCUACACCGUCUAUAGUCGACGUAUAUAUAUAUUAAUGGAUCCAUUCGAGAAGGCAUUGGAUCCUUAUAUAAUUAUUAUAUAAGAGUUAAUUAUUCUUAGA